GUUCAUGAAAUAAUUUGACCUGAAGCUUACUUUACAAAUCCACACAAGAUGUUGUUUCCGCAGGUCAAACGCUGGUGAAGCAAUGGCCUGCCCCGAGUCUGUGGAUACACUUCUAGCUAAUAAAGAUGGCUUGGCAGCCUUUAGGACAUUUCUGAAGUCAGAGUUUAGUGAGGAGAAUGUUGACUUCUGGCUGGCCUGCGAGGACUUCAAGAAAACCAAGUCCUCUGCUAAGAUGGUUGCAAAAGCCCAGAAAAUUUAUUCUGACUUUAUACAAGCUGAUGCUCCAAAGGAGAUUAACAUUGACUUCCAUACCAAAAAUGACAUCUCUCAGAAUAUAUCUGAGCCCACCCUCAGCUGCUUUGAUGAUGCUCAGAGACUGAUCUAUAGCCUCAUGGCAAAGGACUCUUUUCCCAGGUUUCUAAGGUCAGAAGCAUACAAAGACCUAGUACAGAAGCAAAAGAACAGAAAUAAAAAGAGAUGGCUCCCAUUUUCAUAAGGAAACACCUGAGGGUUGUCUCCCCCUGAGAAAAUAUUGUCUGUACUGAGUUGCAAAGCGAUUGUACAACCCAGAUCUAAGAAUUGCCUUUGCCACCUUCUUUCUAAGUACUGCACAGAAGUUGUACUUUCUAAUAACAACAGAGAAAUAUUCCACAAACAGGUUGGAAUAUGCUAGGGCUUUUGAGCUACCUUUUUAGUAAAGAAGUUUACCACUGAAUUUUUUUUCCCAGUGCUUGCUUUAUUUGUCUAAGUGUUUACACAGUUUUAAGCAGAAUGUUUGGGUUUUCUGGUUUGCUGUUGAUUUUUUUCUUUAGAAAGAUGACCUCAAAAAUAAAUUCCUCCCAGGCCACUUGAAUGCAUU